UUCGGACACAAUGAACAAAUGUACAUCAUAAAGGACAGUGAUCCUGAUGUUGAAUCAUUAUUUAAUUGGCUUCAUUACAAAAAUAAAAUAAAAAAAGUACUUAACGAUGAUUAUUAUGAAAAAACUUUAACGAUGAUAAAUUAUCGCGGAACUAUACAAGACAUUAUGGAACAAUUAAUUGAAAAAUGUAAAGAGGUGAGAUGUUAA